GAGGAACUGAAGCUUCGCCAGGAGGGGACGAGCAAGAAGCCACUGGAUGAGAACAGUGCAACACACCUGCUUCGACAUGCACUGGGCGGCUCCGGUAGCAUUGCAACACAGUACCUGCGACUCAUCGAACUGCUUCAGCUGCCCCCUCAUGUAGCAAGGAGAUACCGCGAUGAUAUCACAAUCAUUGUCGUGCAUUUUGACCAGAAGUACCUCGAAGCUUUUCAGGAAGCUGCUGGACCUUCACAGGCUUGA